UCAGCCAAACACGGAAGACUUUCGCACUGAUGCUAAAGUUGAAGAAAAAGCCCACACCUCCUGGAAACAAAUGCAGACUGAACGUUGUUUUCGUUUACUUUAAUUAAAAAGAGGAGAAUCCGAUUAUUUUUGUUGGACUUAUGGGUUGCUCAUGGAUUAGCGUCGCAGUUCCGCUUUGUUUUGCAGUUUUCUCCGUAGCUGUCGCCAUUAAUGGGCAAUCCCUGGCCAUGCCGCCCCCUCUGCCCACUGCCGCCGGUGUCCUCUCUUUGGCCGGGAUGGCGCUGCUUUGGAGGGACAUUAGCUCGAAGGUGAAGGGUGAUAAGCGGACGCUGGGCAGCCUGUUGAGCCAGUAUGUGGCGGUGAAGGCUGUGGGCUGGCUUGGCAGGCAGCAGCGAAAGAAACUAGAAGCCGAUACGCUCAAGGUGAAGCAGGUCCAGGAGGAGACGCUGCUGAAGAGACUCCGGAAAAAUUCGGACACUUUCUAUGGAAGAAAGUAUGACUUCCGCUCUAUUGAAGACGCUGCUGGUUUCCGAGCCCGUCACCCCAUCACCACAUACGGCGACUACCGGGAAUUUAUCGAACGCAUUGCAGCUGGAGAAGAGAAGGUAAUUAUUGCUGAGCAGCCGCUGAUUCUGGCCAUGACCUCUGGGACGUCGGGACCGAGCGCCAUGUUGCUCAGCACCAAGGACACAAACACAGACUUCUUCCUGCAGGGGGUGACUGUUUGUCUAGAGGCCCUGCGGAAGGCUUUUCCCGAGUCCGACAGCCUUCAGCGCACCACCAAAUUCUUCUACACUCCCACAUUUCGCCAAUCAGAGGCAGGAAUUUCUAUCGGACCUAAUUCCUCCACACCCGCCUCGUCUCGCUACAUCCUCAACCUCUAUACGACUCCAGCUCCUGCCUUUGAGGUUCCCAGUGAGAAGGACACUUUAUACCUGCACCUACUGUUUGCGCUGAAAGAUCCCAGUGUGGGAACGUUGGAGUCCAACUUUGCCUCUACAGUCUUCUAUGCUUUCACUGCUCUUCAGGAGCGCUGGCAGGAGCUGGUGGAGGACGUGGAGCGAGGGUCGAUCAGCAGGGCCUUGACCCUGGAGCCCAAAGUGAGGAGCAGACUGGAGGCUCUAAUGAAGCCAGAUGCAGAGAGGGCUGCCCAGCUGAGGGCCCACUUCCAGGAGGGCUUUGGGGGGAUCGCCAAGCGCCUGUGGCCUCACCUGAACCUGGUGCUGGCAGUGGACUCUGGCUCCAAUCAGAUCUACGGGGAAAUGUUGAGGGAGCAUUACUGCAGAGGAGUGCCUUUCUAUUCACCCUUCUACGCUGCUACGGAGGGUCUGAUAGGGGUGAACCUGUGGCCUCAGGAACCAGACAGGCGCUACCUGCUUUGUCCGCGCUCCAUGUUCUGUGAGUUCCUGCCGGAAAGCAGCCUAGAUGAAGAAACCCCCCAAACUCUGCUGAUGGAGGAGGUGAAGGAAGGAGAAAGCUACGAACUCAUCAUCACCAACACUUCAGGCCUUUUCAGAUAUCGUAUCGGAGACAUUGUGAAAGUCGCUGGAUUUCAUAACCAGUGUCCAAUUGUGGAGUUUCAGUACAGACGAGGUCAGAUGCUCAACGUUCGAGGAGAGAAAGUCUCUGAGGCGCUGUUCCUCAGAGCGUUGAAGAACGCAGUCGCUCAGUGGCCCGGAGCUCAGCUAGUCGACUACUCUUGUGCCGAGAGCGGCAUCUUGGGCGAUUCAAUAGGAGGCUCAGAUCCCCAUUACCAAGUGUUUAUAGAGCUAAAAGGAGUGAGGAAUCUAACAGAAGAACAGAGAUAUAAGCUGGACAUUUGUCUCCAGAAGGACUCUGCGGUGUAUAGGUCCUUUCGUAUAAAAGGCAGCAUCGGGCCGAUGAGGGUGCAGCUGGUGUCAGAAGGGGCGUUUAAGGAGCUUCAGAAGAAGAUGAUGGCGUACACGAGCACCUCGGCCAACACUUUCAAAAUGCAUCGCGUGCUCCGACGGAAAGAGUAUGCAGAGUUCCUGCUGGGAAAAACAAUUUCCUGAAGAUGAGACAUGACUCAUGAACAGAAAGGAAGUGAAGUAAUAAGAUUUAAAAAGUGCCUUUGGGAGGAUUUGAACACAAAAAUUACAACAGUUUAUUUAUAUUUUAUGACAAUAAUGUAUUUAGUGUUUUUUAUUCUAUCAUGAUAAAAAGAUUCACAUUCAUUCAUUCAGCUUUACUUAUGUGUUGAGAUUUUUUAAGGACAUCUGCUAUUAUUCAGUAAAUACUGUAUCAAUCAUUACACAGAUCACAUUUUUAUUUCCUAAAAAAAUACUGACAGCCAUUGAAUUGGUUAAACACACAAAAUCUCAAUAAAAUACAGUUAAACUUGUGGCUGUAAUGAGACAAAAUGUGAGAAAUUUGAAGGGGUAUGAAUAGUUUUGCAAGUUUUUGCAUUAAUAUGGUUUCCAACUAGAAAGUCAGUCAUAUGCAGCAUCUGAGUUUGCAUAUGAACAUUAAAUACAUUAAUUUAAGUUCUUAUAGAAACAUUUAAAGCUUAAAGGUGGCAGUUGAAGAUAGCAGACAACAGAUUACACCAGAAACGUUCUACCAUGAGGGCCAAAAUCGUUAAUUUGGAAGUACUUUUAGACCACAAAAAGUAUUUUAUAACAAAUGUUUUAUGACUUAAAAGAAGUUUAUACACUUAUUAUUUAUCUAAAUUUAAAUAAUUGUAGAUUUUUAAAAAAAAGCAUAAAAAAGGUUUUGCACAAUUAGAGUGUCAUAAGACAGGCGCAAAGUUUCUGACAUUUUGGGUUUGAUUAUUUUCUUUUUUUGAGUAAAAGUAGGUGGAUACUUGUGGUUCUAGUUGGACGCCCCUGGAUUACACCACAAUCUCCUUGGUCAGUAAAAAACUGUAAAAAUUAAUAUUGGGAACACGUUAGCAUUGGAUUUUAAACUGUUUAUGCAACUUAAGUGAUUCUACACUAAGUAAAGGAUGUUUCUAAGAUAGAUAACCAGUCCCAAAUAUUUUUCCGUCCUCAUUAAGGUCUGGCUAUAAUAACAUAUAACUCAUAAUCUAACUGAUAUAUUAUUGAUGCAUUAAGCAAACCCAAUUUACCUGACGGUUUUUAUGUUUUUGGUGUCCUAAGCAGCUGCUUGGCUCUCUUAUUCUUUGACUCCAGAGAUUUUAAAUCAUUUCAAUAAACUCCUUCUUUGCCUUUCAGUACCCUUUGCCAGCACUUGGAGGUGCUAGUCAAACAUUUAUGACCUACUGUGGUUUAUUUUAGUUAAACAAUUUGCAAGAGUUUGAAUAUAAAACUAGUCUGUGCCGUCAAAUCCAUGCCAGAAAUGACUUCAGCAAAUUUAAUCCUGUGUCAGUGUGAACUGAAAUGCAUAACACAUGCAGGCGAGAUUUCAUGUAGAAAAACGGGAGCCAUUCAUCCCUUAUAUAAUGAAUUUAAUCAAAUUAAAUGUGAACAGCAGGACUUAUCUGAAACCAAGACGGUUCUCUUUGUUUUUGCUUUUUUGUUUCCUGUGUUGUGCUGUUCCAUGAAAAGUGUUUCUCCUACAAGAGUUCAUAAAGUGGGCUAAUAUUUUUAGUCUCGUCCUAUUUCA